AUGUCGGAAGAACGCCUCUUUAGAUUCUCCAGGCCUGAAUGGCUUAACAGCGCGUGGGUGAGGAACGCAGGGGUUUAUGCUGCUGGUGCUUUUCCGGCUAACACCGAUACACAACUUGCAAUGGAAAUCCAGUUCUCCCUAGCCUUCUACACCCUCCUCGACUCGGCCGUCUGGUCCCACUCCCCCCUCAACGCCUCGGACGUGCACAUCCACUUUGUCGACUGGCUGCCCUUCAUCUUCAGCACGCUCGGCAUGCUCAUCAUCAACAGCGUGGAGAAGGCUCGACUCUCUGCCGAAAGCUUUUCCUACAGCGGCAGCGGCGUGGCGUGGAAGGCGCGCGUGGUCUUGUUUCUGGGGUUUGCGUGCCUGGCGGGUGGCAUGGCGGGUGGCGUCACGGUGUUUGUGCUCAAGUAUGUGGUGAAGGAUGUCGGGUUUCCGGCGUUGAGGAUGGGGGUCGAGAACUUGGUUGCUAAUGGGUUGGUUGGGUUGAGCGCCGUCGUCCUCUGGAUCUCCCAAAACAUGGAAGACGAAUACUCUUACAACCUCGCGCUAUCUACGACACCAAGUCUCCCCCCUCACAGCAAACAGGUCUGA